AGAAGGCAGUAGGCAGCAGCAGUCACUGGCUUUGUAAACAUAACGUGCUGCGCAGCUUUGUUUCGGAACCACCACCAUUGUGGGUCUCUCUCUAGCCAUGUCAUGGAUAUUUUGUGGCAAUAUCAGUUCAGGAUAAUUUUGCUCGGAGACUCGACGGUAGGGAAAUCGUCUUUGCUGAAACGGUUUACAGAUGGAAUUUACAGCGAUGUAGCGGAUCCAACGGUCGGUGUGGAUUUUUAUGCCCGUUCGCUAGACAUUGAGCAAGGGAUUAAAAUCAAGCUUCAACUGUGGGACACGGCUGGACAGGAACGAUUCAGGUCCAUCACUACUUCCUACUACCGUAACUCAGUGGGCGGGCUCCUCGUGUUCGACCUGACCAAUCGCAAGACCUUUGACCACGUGAGAGAGUGGCACAAGGAAGUGAGCGAGCACAUUCUGCCGCACCACAUGGUCUACAUUCUGAUUGGCCACAAAAGCGACCUAAACAAGGACCGGAAGGUGACGCGGGACGAGGCUGAGCAGCUGGCGGCAGAGAUGGGGAUCCGCUAUGUGGAGACAUCGGCUAAGUGCAACAGCAACGUGGACCGGGCCUUCCAGCUGCUCAGCAGGGACAUCUAUGAGCUGAUGAAGAUGGGGGAGAUCACCACGAGGGACGGAUGGGAUGGGGUAAAGAGCGGCCUCACCACGGGGGUCCUGUACCCGGGCGAAGAGGACAUUGAGGUGGAGCCAAGGGAGAGGAGCUGCAACUGCUGAGAGACUGAGCCUCAAUCUCUGACCCCUGACCUCAUCCAUGGUCAUGUUCAUUAGGCACCAAAUGGAAGAAAACGGACUGAAAAAGAGAGGGACUACUUGGAAUUGUCCAAUAAGAUUUUUAUUUUCCAUUGCGAAACGUUUUAGAAAACGUGUUCCAAUAUGUGCCCUAAUAAACACGACUCAUGUCUCCACUGUUGUUCCCCCUCUCUUAUCUCCACAAGUAUCUCACAUUGUCUCACAGUUUAGUCAGUUUCCCAUCGAAAUUAAGCCACAGUCUAAAGUGAGGCCCUUGUCCUAUGACAUCAUCAUCACACGUCCACGUGUCACCUUAUGCUUAGUGUAGAUAGGAUGCCAGUCCCCUCUGUAUCAGUUCCUACAGAGGUCAGGAUGGGGCUGUUUUCUGAUGGGAGUACACAAUACACAUCCUGUAGUAUACAUCUUGAUGUGACAAAAGCUUCUCUACAAACACAAAAGUCUGAGUCUUUAGGCCAAACACUAGUGUAAAUCCUUGCAGUGGAAAAGCAUCAUACAUGUACAUGCUAAACGUACAAACAUUUGCAUCACCUGGGUAGCUUUGGGCUCAGUUAGGUAAGACAGACACAGAGGCUGCAUUUUCACAGGCAGACAAUUCUGAUAUUUUGCCCAAUUAUUGUUCAUUUGGCCAAUGAGAAAAGGCCUUUUGCCAAUAAGUGGGCAAAAGAUCAGAAUUGGGCUGCAGCCAGAGACACCUGUAUGAGAGCGAUCAGGCCUUGAGUUAUUCCAGUACAUACCCUAUUCAUUCCUGGAUGCCCUUUGCUGCCACAGGAGUUACUGGAGUCUCAAGCAAGCGAGGGUCAGGACUUGCGGACAAUGCAUUAUUGUGGUCUGGCAUCACUCCCAUUACGUUGUUGUUGGUUGGCUCUGCGUGUGUGUGUGUGUGUGUGUGCAUAUGUCGUUGCUCUGCCUGCAGUCCCCUGAGACUGUACAUCAUGUUCGGUAUGGUUAGCUCUGGUGUUAAAAGGUCACUGAUAAUAGGCAGGGAGAAUAAACUGUACUCUAUAUGUGUCACCACGACCCCCCAUCCGCUGCUAAUCAAUAUGGUCCUGUAGACUACUAAUCUAAGUAAGUGCACAUAAGCCAAAUCAUUUUCAUGUUGUGAACUUCCUGAGUAAUGUUUUCAACAUUUUUAAAAACAUAUCUAUCAUUUGUAGUACAUUGCUGAAGCCACAAACAAUUUGGUAGUCACUCUUUGUAUUUGAAUACUAUAUGGCAUAUUAAAAACAAAACAAACCUUCCAAGGUGGGAAAACCACACCAAACAAUUUUCCUUUAAUUGGAGAGAGGUAUUGGCUGACUUUAAGACUGCUCACAUGGGGCUUUUGUUGCCUUAAUAACAAUUUAUUGGCAUUAUUACAUUAUCUGGUUGAGAACAUGACAUUUUGGCCCUAAUGGCUUCCAUGCUCCAUCAGAAUGGAUCCGAUAUCAAGACAGACAGAAUUUUGCACUGCUCUGUCUAUAGUCCCUUUCUGCUUGCAGAGAGGCACAGGAAGAUAACUCUAGUUUCCUUUGGCUACUACCUCUAUACAGCAAACCCCAGUGCAGAUAACAUUUGCGCUGAGACUUGGCUGUAGAUUCUGGUGUUACCAUAGGAGUGUACAGCCAUGGCUCAGGGCCUAGAUAACAGCUCACUUUGCCUGGUUCCUCCUACCUCCCUCCUUCCUUCCCCUCAGCUCACCUUGUCCACCUCUCACCAGCACCACACCUCACCAGACAUUUCACACACUGUAGAUGACAGGAGAGACAUUGUGCAUUCAGCAACAGUGGCUUUAUAGGAUAUUGUGUUCUAUGUUGGUUUUGUGUUUUAGUGGUCAUUGGGCAAUGUCCAGGAGCAUCCGGGCUGUAUCAUGGCCAUGCGACUUGACUUGUUGAAAGGAAUGUCUAACUAACUAACUUUUGUAAGCCUUUACAUACAUUCUGGCAAACAACUUACAAAGCCUCAGCAAACAAUUUCUUGACAACAGUAUGUGUUUUUGUCUACAUACAGUCCUUAUGUUUUGCCUCUUGCUUUACAAAGUCUGAUGCAAACAUAGUUUAGUUGUUCCCGCACUCAUGGGUUUAACCAGGUUUAUAGUUAUGCCGUGGUCCGUUUUUUUCAGCUCCAGUGAACAUUCACAGACUUUGAUUAAACCUCUGUUAUCACA